AAAGUCAUAAAAAAAAUCAUAAUAAUCCCAUAAACUGAUAAUAAUUUAUUAUUAAGAUUAUUUAUUAAUAUUAUUCUAUAACAAUCUUUGUUUUAAAAAAAUAAAGUUUAUACAUUAAUCUCUUUUAAAUAUCCAAUAAAUAUUUAUGCAUAUCUUUCGUUAAAAUAAUCAUAAUAAUCAUAAUAAUCAUAAUAAUCAUAAUAAUAUUAUUUUAAUCAAACGAGAAAGCAAAAUGAUGAUGAUCUUAUAAUUACAACAUUACUACUACAUUUAUACAUUUACUUACUUUACCUGCACCUGAUGACGAUAUGAUGAAGUAUUACAUCAAUUCAGUCAAUUCAGAAAAAAAUAAUAUAAAUAAUAAGAACUCAACCCUUCCCUAUAUUUCUUUUCUCGCUUUUUCGAAAGGUGAUAUUAAAAAUAGUUUCUCUUACCGUAAAAAGAAACAAAAAUCUGGACUUUUACAAAUAAUACAAAUAAUGGGUACUAAUGAUAAUACCAAUAAUAAUACUACGGAUAAUAAUAAAAAUGUAACUUUGGAUCAAUCUUUGAAUGGUUACACUUCGGGUUUAAUUUCUUGGGAUACUCCACCAUCUAAAAUUAAUAAAGAUAAUUCUAUAAUAGAAAAACGAAUAUUAACAAUGAAUCGUUUAAAGAAAAAUAGACUUUCAUGUAUGAAUUUUAUAAAAGAUGAUGGAACGGUUAUAACUGGUUACGCUAUGGCUCAUCCAAAACGAAAUAAAGAUUUUCAUGGUUAUUUUAAAGAAAUCCCUAAAAAUGAACAUUUAGUAAAUAAUUUUAGUUGUGCUUUACAAAAAGAGAAGAUUUUAUCUCAUGGAAUGAUGUUUGUUUCUUUAUAUAAUAUUUGUUUUCAUUCUAAUAUCCUUGGUUGGGUUACCAAUAUUGUGAUCCCGUUCUCGGAAAUAAAAGAAAUUGAAAAAAAGAUGACCGCAUAUGUAAUCCCAAAUGCCAUUCAAAUAACGACUAAAGAUUCAAAGUAUUUCUUUGCAUCGUUUCUCUCACGUGACACCGUAUAUGAACUUUUAAUGAAAAUAAAAAAUUACUCAAAUUCAACUAAUGAAUGUUGUGAUUCUGAUCCUGAUCCUGUUAACGGUAAUGGUAAUAGUAAUAGUACUUGUACUGAAACAGACAAAAAAUAUGUUAAACGGGAGACAAUUUGUGAUUGUUUAAAAAAUAAUCAACAUUAUGAUCGUGUAAUAAUUGAUACUAAAUUUAAAGGAACUAUUGAAAAAAUUUAUAACUUGUUGUAUACGAAUGGAUUUAUCCCUGAGUUUUUAAAAGAGAAUAAUGAAAGCAUAAAUAUGGGUGAAUGGACUAAAGAUGAUGAAGGGAAAUUAGUCAGACAGUCUACUUAUAUAAAACGGUUAAACAAAACUCCUGGUAUAAAAGCUGCAAAAUGUUAUUCAAAAGAUGAAAUUUUGCAUCAAGAUUUUGACAAUUAUGUGACGGUAGUGACAUCUACAAGUACACCUGAUGUACCUUCUGGUGGUACAUUCGUAAUAAAAACAAGGACGUGUAUAAUGUGGGCUGAUUUAAAUAUAACCAGAGUUAUAGUAACUUUUAAUGUUGAAUUUACAGCAAAUUCAUUACUUAAAUCUGUGAUUGAGAAAAAAUCUUUAGAAGGACAAGUAGAAUUUUAUAAAGAAUUAGAAACAGCUAUACGCAAAUACAUUUCACAAAAUCUUGCAGAAUUUGAUUCUGAAACGGCAUCAUUACUUGAAACUGAAGAAGACGAAGAAAGUAAAGAGGAUAAAGGUCAAGAAAUGAAAGAGAAAGAAGAAAAAACAAGAAGAUUAAAAGAAGAUAAAAAUACAAAGAUAUUUAAAAUGUCAAGUAUUGAAAUUCUUGUAAUAAUAGUACUUAUAUUAACGUUAAUAUUUAAUGUAUAUGUUUUGACCAGUAUAAGAAGUGUUAUCAGACGAUAACUUUAUGGAUGAAAGAAUCGGGGGAAAUUUAUAAAUUUAUUUCAUGUAAAUAAAUUUACAGUAUAAUUGUAUAUAAUCGCAUUUUAUUCUAAAUAAAACCAGUGAUUUUCAUAUUGUAUUUUUGAAGUUCAUAUAUAUAAAAAUGACAGAUUAUUUUCUUUCUAAACUCUGACGUUCGUAACUCAGCCGUUCGUAACUUUAACGGUCAUAUUACUUUGACUGUCAUAUAAUUAAUUAAUUAUAAACGUAAUAUAUAUAUAAUAAAUGUAAUAUAUAGAUAAACGUAAUAUAUCAGAUAUAGUUAAACGUAAUAUAUAAUAAAUGUAAAAUAUAAUAGUUAAACGUAAUAUA